AUGUCGGAUGCCGAGAUAAUUUAUCCUCCACUGAGUUUUAAAUCUAAAGUUUGGAAACACUAUGGAUUUUACAAGAAAGACGGACGACUUGACAAGACAAAUGCAAUUUGUAAAUUGUGCCGCGCAUCUGUAAAAUACACGGGCAGUACGACUAAUCUGAUAUCUCACUUGAAGCGGCGCCACGGUGUUGUUGUGGAGGAAGCAUCUGCCAGUGCCCCUGCAUCCUGCUCUGAUUCACCUGUAGCUACCAGCUCCAAAAGUGGUGAGAAAAGUAUUGAAGGUUUUUUCCAUGCACCGCUUGCUAACAAUUCCGCGCGCUCCACGGCAAUAACAGAUGCUAUUGCAUUGUUCAUCUGCAAAGAUAUUCAGCCCUAUAGUGUCACGGAGAACGAAGGUUUUAAACACCUCCUCCAUGUUUUGGAGCCUCGUUAUAAGAUACCAAACCGAAAGCUAUUCUCCGAUAAACAGAUUCCUGCUCUGUACGACAAAGUCAGAAGAGAGAUAGAGGAGUCUUUGCACAAAGCCCAAAGAGUUGCUUUAACAGUGGACGGUUGGACAUCUUGCGCUACAGCAUCAUAUGUAACGGUCACAGCACACUACAUAGAUGACGGGUGGAUUCUCAAAAACCACGUUUUGCAGACCAGAGUGUUCAACGAGGCUCACACAGGGAAUAAUCUAGCCGUUUUACUUCAGGAUGUUUGCCGCGAGUGGAAGAUCGAAGAGAAGAGCCCCGCGUUAGUCACAGAUAACGCCAGAAACAUGAUCCUGGCUGGUGCUGGUGCCAAAAUGGACCCACACGUGAGAUGCAUCGCCCACACAUUGAACUUGGCAUCUCAAAAAGCCUUUAAGGUGGACAGUGUCUCUGUGCUGGUGGUGAAAGUUAGGAAGCUUGUCACCUUUUUCCACAAAAGCCCCAAGGCAACUGAAGUUCUGCGUGAAAUACAGACCCAGUUACACCUGCCCAACCACAAGCUCAUCCAUGACGUUUCCACCAGAUGGAACAGUACCCUCGACAUGUUGGAGCGUUUCUGGGAGCAGCAGCCUGCUGUGCUGAACAACCUGCUAUCCAGGAAGAUAAAGAGGCGUGAGGCUAUGGCCAGUUUGACAGAAGAUGACAUGACACUGAUCCCAGAGAUCAUCAAAUUAAUGUCACCACUGAAAGUGGCAACCACACUCCUCAGUGAGGAAAAAAAUCCCACCAUCUCCAUUAUCUCUCCAGUCCAAGCCAAAUUGCAGAGACAAUUCCAACCAGAUGAGAGUGAUCUAGAGGUUAUUUCCCAUAUGAAAGACAGAUUCAGGCAGGACUUUGAUGGCCGUUAUACAUAUCUUGAAGGCACUCUCCACUGUGCCUCAGCACUUGACCCCCGUUUUAAAGACCUGGCUUUUCUGGAUGACAGUGAUGCCAAGGAUAUGGUAUUCAUGAAGAUAACAACAGAGGUGGUACAGAUGAAUGGAGAGGAAGAGGUCAGUGACACAGCAAUGCCGAAUGAAGACCAGGCAACAGGCACAUUGGAAGAGGACCAGACAGCUGAAACAGAAGGCGACAAAAGCCCUUCCAACGAGGACAAGACAGAUGAUGCCCCUCCAAAGAAAAAGACUGCCAUGGACCAGAUGUUUGGAGAUUUCCUGAGUGCAAGAACACCAGCAAAGACCAUCAGGGAGAAAGCUAAGGAUGAAAUCUUAAAAUAUAGAGAAAGGGACACUUUAGGUUUGGAUGGGGAUGUGUUGCAGUGGUGGAGACUGCAAAAAGAUAUCUGCAAGAAAGACAUCAAGCUGUCUGACAUCAACGUGGACACGAGGGAGAGUCGGGCAGAAGACCGCUCCGCCUGGCAGCUUGUUGUCAGACAGGGCGUACAGAAAGCAGAGGAAAUCAGAAAUAAAAACCUUGCCGUAAAGAGUCAAGAGGAAGGAAAAGCAACUGCAGCCUCAGCAGGCAUCGUUUUUCACCUGCAGAAAACGCAGCAGAGAUUGCCAUUCUAG